GCUGUGCAGGAGAUCCUUAUGGAGGAGUGCGUUGGAGAUUUGCGUGUUUCAAUAACAAGAAAAAAAGGUAAAACGUUAGUACAGAGUAUACGUAUUGCUCUAACCCAUCCUCGUCCGUCGAACAACCCCCUUACCAAGCCUACCUGUCUGUCUCCCACCUAUAAAAGGUGGCCAGUGUUCCAGAUGUCUUCAAUCGCCUCUCAUCAGCUGCCCAGUUCGCUUCAUUGUGCUCCAUUGGACUAUUCACUUCGAAAUCAGGGGGAAACACUCAAAUUGCAUCUCGUCCAUAGUCAUCAGAUCCAGUCAACAUGAGGCAAUUGCUCCUGGCGUCUUUGAUCGUGAUGCUGGCCGCCGAGACGGUCCACGCUUUGGUUUGGUCGCUGGUUCUCGGAAAUCCCGUCAUCGACAUGAAAGAUGAGUCGGCCAGCAGCCACGGCAGCGGAGUUGACGACGUGAUGGACAGCUCGGCGGAAGACGGCGACAGUGAUCUCGAGCAUCCGCGGAAUAUCAAGCUCAAAACGGCCGCCAGGAACUCGUCGUCACUAUCGACCGGCUCACGCCCGACGCGGCAGCAUCACGGACAAGAUAAAUGCAUGGAAGACAAGCAAUGCGGUAAGGGCCGUUUCUGCGAUCUUCAUUACGGCGUGUGCCGUACGGAAAAAUCGCCCGGAUUCGCCUGUCGUCGGGAUCGAAUGUGCGGCAAAGGUCUGGCGUGCAUGUUCGGUCGGUGCCAGGCGAAAAUUGCCACCGGAGAAGAAGGAUCCCGUUGCCAUGGCAAUUCGGAUUGCCAAGCCGGACUUUGCUGCGCCCGUCGACACGGCGAGGCCGUCUGUCAACGCAAAUUGACGCUUGGUCAGCGUUGCUUCGUGCCGGAAGGCGGCCUGGAGUACUCUCUCAAUCAGCUGUGUCCGUGCGACGUCGGAUUGGUCUGCCGCCAACAGAACCCGGCCCAACUCGGCGGCAGCGACUCUCCGUCCAGUCAGGAAGACAACAGCUUCGAUCGCUCCUCAUCCAACAGCACCUCCGAGAACUUUCCUUUCUGGACUAGCACGGAGAACAUGAGGUGCACAUUUCACGACAUGGGUAACAACCGGGCGUCUUAAUUUGGUCGAUUACGGUCGAUUAAAGACAACAUUGUCCAACCUCAUCCGUCGGUCUUAAUCAAGGAAACCAACAAUGAAAUCGAUUUCUAUUUUCCUUUAUACUAUGUACAGUUUCAUUAUUGCCUCUUUAACAAAACAAUUCCCUCCCAAAUGUAAAUUUUAUCUAUUGGCUAACAAACGUAUAUCGAUCUUAUCAUAUAAAUAGCAUUAAAUACUGUUGACUCGAUGGAAAUCUAAAACCGAGAAGGAAAUAAGAGAACAAGUAAUUUUUGCACAUUACCGUGUACAGUCUAUAAGCCCAUUGAGAACGGACAUUAUGUUGAUUCUUGAUUGAGAUAUUACAUAAUAAUACAUUCAGUUUAUUUUGUCGCA